CAAGCAGGAGGCAGGCAGGAGGCGCCCUCCGGAGCCGCUCCAUCCCAGCCGCCCAAGUCCCGCGCCCUGAGCCAGGAAGAUGCAACUUCUGCCGCUGCUUUUCAGCUGGGCUCUGCUGCCCCGGAGCAACCUGGCCGAGCUGGCUGCCCAAGCCGAUGGGGCCAUGCUGAGUUUCCAGCGGUUGCCAAACCAGCCGGUUCUGGAGGUCAGCCCGUUUUUCCUGUCUAUCACCAUCGACGCCAACUUGGCCACGGACCCCAGAUACAUCACCUUCCUUGGCUCAAAGAAACUGUGUACGUUAGCAAGAGGCUUAUCUCCGGGUUUUUUGAGAUUUGGUGGCACCAAAACGGACUUCAUGAUCUUCGAUCCUGAAAAGGAGCCAACGUGGGAGGAAAAGGUUUUGCAGGUUUUGCUAGCAAAACAAGGUGCUAAUGGCAUUUCUGAAUUCGCAUCCGCUCCUUCGGACAUCCUAGAGCACUUGCAGUCCCUCUGGCCCUCCCAGGAGAGGCUCAUCCUCAAGGAGGAGGACAAGCCGGUUCGCAAAAAUGCCACCAUCACACCAAGCACAGUGGAUAUUUUGUACAGCUUUGCACGUUGCGCUGAUUUGGAUCUGAUCUUUGGACUCAAUGCCUUGCUGCGAAAAGGCGACGGCCAGUGGGACAGCGCGAACGCUCAGCUGGUUUUGAAUUACACCGACUCCCAGAAUUACAGCAUGUCUUGGGAACUCGGAAACGAGCCUAACAGCUUCCUGCAUAAGUCGGGCAUUUGGGUCGAAGGCUCCCAGCUAGGGCAGGACUUCAUACAACUCCGCCGGCUUCUGGACAAUUACACCCGCUACAGGAACUCCAAACUCUAUGGCCCUGACAUAGGUCAGCCUCGCAAGAAACACAAACAUAUCCCAAAGAUGCUGAGGAGCUUUCUGAAAUCAGGAGGGAAAGUAAUUGAUUCUGUCACAUGGCAUCAUUACUAUUUAAAUGGAAAAACUGCUACUAAAGAAGAUUUCCUGAGUCCAGAUGUCCUGGACACCUUCAUCUCAAUUGUGAAAGAAGAGCUCAAGAUCGUGAAUGAAACAGUACCGGGCAAGAAAGUGUGGCUGGGAGAAACAAGUUCAGCCUACGGGGGUGGCGCGCCUCACAUGUCUAAUACGUAUAUUGCUGGUUUUAUGUGGCUGGACAAACUAGGGCAGUCUGCCCUGCUGGGCAUUGAUGUGGUGAUGAGACAGGUUCUAUUUGGAGCAGGAAGCUACCAUCUGGUGGAUGCCAGAUUUGACCCUUUGCCAGAUUAUUGGCUCUCUUUGGUGUACAAGAAACUAGUAGGCAAUAGAGUCCUGCAUGUUAACCUUACAGGUGAAGACCCAAGGAAGCUUCGGGUGUAUCUUCACUGUACGAACGAGUACCAUCCAAAGUACAGAGAUGGCGACCUCACCUUAUUUGCCUUAAACCUCUGCAACAGCACAAAACAUUUACACUUGCCCGUUUCCUUAUCCAAGAAACAAAUAGAUGAAUAUCUUUUACUACCUGAGGGAAAAGACAGCAUACUUUCCACGUCUGUUCGGCUGAAUGGUCACGUUCUCAAAAUGUUGGAUGAUGAAACACUGCCGACUCUCAGGGAGAAGCUUCUUAGACCAGGAAGCACCCUGGAGCUCCCAGCUUUUUCGUAUGGCUUUUACGUCAUAAGAAAUGCCAAAGAAAGAGCUUGCAUUUAGCAGUUCCAAGCACAUUUCUAAUAUCUGGUUGAAAGCCACAGUCUUGUCAGACAUCAAGAUGUUCAACUGCUCAAGCAACAAAGCGAGUCAGAAAUGAAGGGAAUGUCAUUGGCUCAGUAUAUACAUAUUCACCUGUUUUUCUUAUUUUUUCACUGCUCUCCAGCCUAUAAGUUACCUUAGCACUUUGUUUCAACCACGGCUUUCCGAAGAAUGAAAGUUCUGCUGCAGGAGGGAUUUCAGUUAGAGAUACAAUGAGGAUGAUGUCAGGCAACAUCCCAGCCAGGUGGUAUGGGUGGAUUAUGGGAAUGCUAUGGAUAAAUAGGCAAGCAGGCUAGUCAAUAGUCUGGGACAUCAGUGCAAAGCAACUAAAGGACAAUAGCAAUACGCAAGCAAAUUCCAGGCCCUGCCAAGGAGCAUGGAAUAGGUGCUUUCUGUGUUUUUUUUCAGCAGAGGUGGGCAAUUUGUGGUCCUCCAGAUGUUUUGGCCUACAAUCCCCAUCAGCUCUAGCCAGCUGUAGACCCAAACAUCUGGAGGCCCACAAGUUGGCCCCGUUUUACAGGGCUUCUGGGAGGCCAGAGCCAAACCCAACCGGGAAGGCUCAAGUAUUCUCAAGUGUUCUUGCAUUUUAAGGCAGGGUACGGCUCUUGAGUGGGCUCUUGCAGCUUUCUCCAGCAAUUGUGGUGCUCUCUCAAAUGAGUCCAGCACAUUCAUGUGGCAGCAUGCUGGACAUGUGCAAAUUAGAUAUUAUUUGUCAUAGUCCAUAAACCAAUAAGAGCAGAGCUGCAAUGCAUGCAGAAGGUCCCAGGUUCAAUCCCCAGCACCGUUACUUAGGAGCUUCUCAACAUGGAGCGAUUGAUUGCAGGUUUAUGAUUGGCUAUUCAGAGAGGUUUUCAGGUCAUUUACAUGGUGCCGUCAACCUCCAGGACGUCUCCCGCACUUUCCCCUGGUAACCUUGCUUUAAAAAACAACAAUGGAGGGCAGGUGCUCGGACAGGACCAGCCUGGGGCCUUGGCGCAGGCAAACUUCCCGCUCCUGCUGCAGCCACAGGUGUGCCGUCUCGCCCAGCUCCGCCGCCUCGCCGGCUGGGUGCCCCAUGCUCUGGGAGCAGCGCACCACUGCCAGCUUGCACCAGGCCACGUAUGGGAGGCUCUCCUGUGCGCAUAGCUCCCGGGCCAGUGCUCCGAACUGCUCGGCCGCCUCCGACAGGUACGGUUUGCUCAGGAAGCGCUGACGGAGCUGGUAGUGCGUGAGGAAGUCGCCUCCCAACCCACCAUCAAAGGCUGCGGACAGGCCACCCCCGACAGACAACAUCAUUCUCUCCUCUCCUGAUGAGAGCUGCAGCUUCUAGGCCCUACAGGAAAUGACGGUGAAGCGUUGCUUGCUUGGGAACGAGCCCGGAUGUAGAAAGGGGAGGGUUGGUCACCACAUAAAGAAGUCAGUAGUGAUCCUGGAAAGCCCCCCCCCCCCAAAAAAGCCUGGUAAGAGCUUGGGUUUUUCCCUUAAUGUAGAGACACUCCAGGGCUGAGAAAGGACCAUAUCUGAAACUCAGGAACACCUGUCAGCGUGGCCAGCCUUCCCCAACCUGGUGCCUUCCAGAUGGGCUGGGAUUGAAACUCCCAUCAUUCCCAGCCAGCCUGGGCUGUGUACAGAAUACUGAGUUAGAUGGACCACUGUCUGACUCAGGCAGGUUCCAAUG